GUCGACCGUUAGCCGGGGCCGGGAGAAUGCGGUGGUACCGAGCGGAGAACGGUCUGACCGUCCGUGCCGGCUGAUGUGAAAAGUCACAAUAUUGGACCGAAAACUCGACCCGCCCCUGCGUGUGGACGCUCGUCGGAAGGAUAUGAGAGCCGGUAUCUCUGGAAAGAUGGGCAUCUCUAAUCACUGAGUGAGUUUUGGGCUGUUGAGAAUACACGUGGAGCUCCAUCCUGACGGCUGCUUGACAUCCGCGUCUCCAGGACACACUCUCCGUGGAACUCUUUUUCUCUUUUUUUUUUUUUUUUUUCCCCCAUUUGCCACCUCUGAGCCUCUGAAAAAACAGAACAUCCGCGAGGGGUUGGGCACCUCCCCAUCGCACGCCGUUUGCGCCAGACUCCCCCACAUCACCACCUCGUCCUCACCUCCCCAAGAGGGAGAAAGCAGCAGCCGCCAUGGUGCUGUCGCAGAGACAAAGAGAUGAACUAAAUCGGGCUAUAGCCGAUUAUCUACGCUCCAAUGGAUACGAGGAGGCCUAUUCCACCUUCAAAAAAGAAGCAGAGUUAGACAUGAAUGAAGAGUUAGAUAAGAAGUAUGCCGGGCUUUUGGAAAAGAAAUGGACCUCGGUUAUCAGACUACAGAAGAAGGUGAUGGAGCUGGAAUCGAAACUAAACGAGGCAAAAGAGGAGAUGACGCACGGAGGACCGGUGGGUCAGAAGAGAGACCCCAAGGAGUGGAUCCCCCGUCCCCCGGAGAGAUACGCCCUGAGCGGACACCGUGCUCCCGUCACGCGUGUCAUCUUCCACCCCGUGUUUUCCGUCAUGGUCACAGCCUCCGAGGACGCGACCAUCAAGGUGUGGGACUAUGAGGCAGGAGACUUCGAGCGGACCCUCAAAGGCCACACAGACUCUGUGCAGGACAUCUCCUUUGACCAGUCGGGAAAGCUGCUCGCUUCAUGUUCAGCCGACAUGAGCAUCAAACUCUGGGACUUUCAGGGAUUUGAGUGCAUCCGAACAAUGCAUGGCCACGAUCACAAUGUGUCGUCCGUAGCCAUCAUGCCAAAUGGUGACCACAUAGUGUCCGCCUCCAGAGACAAGACCAUCAAGAUGUGGGAGGUGGCUACUGGGUACUGUGUGAAGACCUUCACAGGCCACAGGGAGUGGGUGAGGAUGGUGCGUCCCAACCAGGACGGCUCGUUGAUUGCCAGCUGCUCCAACGACCAGACGGUGCGCGUCUGGGUGGUUGCCUCGAAGGAGUGCAAAGCUGAGCUGCGGGAACACGAGCACGUGGUGGAGUGUAUUGCCUGGGCCCCCGACAGCGCCCACUCCACCAUCCUGGAGGCCACAGGCUCAGAGAGUAAGAAGAGUGGAAAGCCUGGCCCCUUCCUGCUCUCUGGCUCCAGAGAUAAAACCAUUAAAAUGUGGGACGUCAGCAUUGGCAUCUGCCUUAUGACUCUGGUGGGGCAUGACAACUGGGUGCGCGGGCUGCUGGUUCAUCCUGGAGGAAGGUUCAUAGUGAGCUGCGCUGACGACAAAACCAUUCGGAUCUGGGACUACAAGAACAAACGCUGCAUGAAGACCCUGAGUGCCCACGAACACUUCGUUACCUCUUUGGAUUUCCACAAGACUGCUCCCUACGUGGUGACGGGCAGCGUCGACCAGACAGUCAAAGUCUGGGAGUGCCGCUGAAACUGCCCCAACGCAGCCCCGAAGCCCCCCUCCCUCCACCCUCCAUCCUGACCCCCGCCCUCACAGUCCAGUCCAUAGUUGACCAAGGCGCUUUGCUGUACCUUCUCCCAGAGCCCCUCCCCUCCCCCCCCCUCCCCCCCCACAACGGUCCUGCCCUAUUAAGAUGACUAUUGUCCUUUUUGUGUAAAUUAUUCUGGAUGUAGGGUACGCUUAAUAAAUGUCACGCAAUCUCUGACACAUAAACACAUUCAAAAAGAUAAGAAGUAUCCUUGCAUGGUGAAUCCAACAAAAGUAAUUCUAUACCGUUAAAUUUGCAUACUGUUGUCAUGACUUCCCAUCGGGUCGAAGGGUAAAUAAAUGUGUGUGUGCGCGCCGGCGCAGGUGGAUUCUGCUUUACUGGCAACGCACGGGAAACCAACGCCACCUCCUGCCGGAGGGGUUUAGGCGGCGUCGGGUUUCGCUCCGUGCCUCCAUCGGUGCGGUCCGGAGAAGGCGUGAGGAAAGUCGAGUAUGAAAGAGAGUAGCGGCUGUCCAGGAGAAGAGAACAAACUGAAAAAAUACAAGUGAAGCAGCUCCUUAGUUGAACUACAUUAGGCUUUGUGGGCGAGUGCAUGUGUGAAUACGUUGCGUGAGCGCGCGUUGGUGUGUGUGUAUGUGUUUGUAUAUUACGACAGGAGAACCGAGCGUCCGUCCCUGCUCCGGCGGCCGGAGGCGACGCUUCUCACCCGCCGUGCUCACUCAUAACUUCUUCAUCUCUUUUAACGAACUUGCUUUCUAGUAGACACUCACGGGACCUUAACGAUCCAGACGCUGCUGAGAGCACAGGCACACGCCCCAAAGCAAGUGUGUUUUCCAGAGGAAAUAGUCAGCUCACCCUAACUGAGGUUGGUGUGUGUGUGUGUGUGUGUGUGUCGCCCCCAGAGAAAUCGCCCAGUGCCCUCUUCGCUCGCUAUCUCUGCCUUGUUAACCCAUUGAGGGCUCCCUCACACGGGAUUUUCAUUCUGCUUUCUGUGGUCUCACUGCUCUCUUUACACACACAUACACAUACACUCACAAAUGCACAUACACGCACAGUAAAA